CACGUUACUGCGCAUGGGCAAGAGAGCAGCACGAGCGAGAUCAGCGGCGGGACAGAGCGGCCCUGACCUACACUACGCUCCUGCGCUCGUAACGUUCUAUGGUAGCCUGUUUCCGCUUCCGGCCGUGCUGCUAGCUAGUAGGGACCUGUAGGGUUGACCAUGGCUGCUGGGGGGUCGGAGAGUCGGACUGGGGAUAUUGAAGAGGAUGCUUCGCAGCUUCUUUUCCCGAAAGGUAAUGCGCGUUAGUGGAUCUGGAUAUGACCAGGAGUGAGAGAGCCUGGUCUCCAUUGGCUCUGCCUAGGUCCCUCUUAGAAUGGAUGGACGUGCUGUGCAGAGGAUACAGGCUGAUGCUGGUACUGGGGCAAUGAGGGAGCUUGUGCUCUGAAUGGGGACUGUCUAGGUAGGUGUCUGGGGGCAGAGCUAAGGAGGAGGAUUUAAAAGGUCGCUAUAGGCAAUAAUACACAUGGGGUGCACUCAGAUUGCAGCUAAGAGUACACAGCAGUGAGGGGGAUGGUCAUUUUAUUUUUCUGUGUUCUCUAUCUCAUUAUUGGAAGUGUAUAAUGUUAGAGGAAUAUGUGAAAGCAAAUGCAGUGUAUGGGAUAUAGGGGUCAGAGGAUAAUGCUUAUACAAGACAUACACUAAAUCCAUAAUGUUUGGAUUAGAUAAAUCCAAAAUUAGAUCAGAGAUAUUAUAGACCAGGGGUCCUCAAACUCCGGCCCUCCAGAUGUUGCUGAACUACAACUCCUAUGAUUCUUUGAAUUCCAUAGAUAGCCAGAGAAUCAUGGGAGUUGUAGUUCAGCAACAUCUGGGGGGCUGGAGUUUGAGGUUAUAGAUAAAUAUAGGAGAGAGGCAGAGUGAAGGUUAAUUUGACUUCUCAGUAAUGUAAAACACCAGUAAUGUAAAACAAAUAUUCACACAGGAAUUGCUCUAAUUUUGACCUAAGUGCUGCAUAUUGACUCUACAAAUGAGCAGAUUCAAAGCUAAAACGUUCUAAUCUCAAGCAGUUUGAAAACAAAGCGAUAUUGCAUGAAUUAUGUAGUUUUGUUCUUUAAAUGGAAUUGUAUUGAAAUGUUUGUUUUUCAAUUUUUAUUUUGCUUUUAGAGUUUGAGAGUGCAGAAACACUGCUAAACUCUGAGGUCCACAUGCUGCUGGAACACCGAAAGCAGCAGAAUGAAAGCGCAGAAGAGGAACAGGAAUUGUCAGAAGUCUUCAUGAAAACCCUUAACUACACAGCAAGGUUCAGCCGUUUCAAGAACAGAGAGACAAUUGCCAGUGUCAGAAGGUAUAUUCCUGUUACAUUACUGCUUGGAAGAUUUGUGAAUGAAAACACAAACGACAUGUAGUUCUUCAAGUUUGGUGGCCUAAAACCGUCAAAUAAUAUGUAGAAGUCAGCCAGUUAAAGGACCACUAUGGUGCCAGGAAAACAUACUCGUUUUCCUGGCACUAUAGUGCCCUGAGGGUGCCCCCACCCUCAGGGACCCCCUCCUGCCCGACUCUGGAAGGGGGAAAGGGGUAAGGGGUAAAAACGUACCUUUUUCCAGCGCUGGGCGGGGAGCUCUCCUCCUUCUCUCCUCCCCGUCCCCUGAAUGCGCACGCGCGGCAAGAGCUGAACGCGCAUUCAGCCGGUCGCAUAGGAAAGCAUUAUCAAUGCUUUCCUAUGGACGCUGGUGUGCUCUCACUGUGAAAAUCACAGUGAGAAGCACGCAGGCGCCUCUAGCGGCUGUCAAUGAGACAGCCGCUAGAGGGAAUGGGGGAAGGCUUAACCCAUUCAUAAACAUAGCAGUUUCUCUGAAACUGCUAUGUUUAUGAAAGAAUGGGUUAAGCCUAGCUGGACCAGGCACCCAGACCACUUCAUUAAGCUGAAGUGGUCUGGGUGCCUAGAGUGGUCCUUUAAUAGACAGAAUCUAAGAGUAUCUUAAAGGGGCACUCCAUGUGGUAGGGUAACCCUAUUUACAUAGUACGCUCAUCCAUCCAUGUUAAAGCUCCUCUUGCCCUUUUGGGUCUUUACAAAAUAUGCACAGACUAUCCUACCCUCCAAAAGGUGACAUGCGUGCUUGAUGUAAGAUGGCAGACGGAGAAGAUAUACUUACCUUCAGCUUGAGAACUGAGCGGGGACCGACCGAAGGGCAGGCUAUUUCAGCUGCUGCCCGUUCUCAGUAUUCUCUUGCGACCCAUUUUUGACUCUCCACAAUUUUAAAGGGAUAAUCCAGACGUGGACCCCUUGCUCAUGGUGCCUAGGGAGAUACCAGCUAUGCCUCACUGAUGAUGCCUAACAAGGCUGAAACGAUCGUCUGGGGUUGCUGUAUCUCUCGUGCAGAGAGAACUUGCUGGCAUUUCGGAUCUGGACUGCCCGUAUGGGUGGGACCAGUCUGAUAUGCUUCAGAUAUGUUCUCUGUAAUGGCACAAGAUGAGCAAAAAUCAGCUUGAGAACUGAGCGGGGACCGACCGAAGGGCAGGCUAUUUCAGCUGCUGCCCGUUCUCAGUAUUCUCUUGCGACCCAUUUUUGACUUACCUUAAGGUUUCCACAGCGUCUUCUGUCCUUUGUUUGUCUUAAGCUCAUGGGCCUUCAUUUGCCAAAAGCCAAUGAAGUACUUUUGCUGUACUCUUGUUGUGCUCUCAAGUGCGAGAAAAGUGAGAUCUAUGGCAGAUCUUACAGGGAAUGGGCGGGCAGCCAGCUUUGCGGAAUGGGAGCAAGAGGUGAGGAAAGCUAAGCUGUCUUUACCUGUUGUCCUGCCAGCUUGCCAUUCCCCUCUGUAGCCUAAGCCACGGAAGGAAGUAAUUUAUAAUUCACUUCCUCCCGGUACACCGGCACCCAGCGAUCAACACGGCAUAGAAAGACAGGACGAAGGAAUGGGCUCAUAAAUCCAAGGCAUCCGGACAAACUUUUCAGUCUCCAUGGCGACCUGGCACCUGAGAUUUGUUUGUUUUAUCACAUGGCUGGAGAAAGAUCUGUUGUGCUAAGGAGUCUGUUGGUGCAACUUAAAAUCUGAUGUGCCAUCUAUUUAAAUAAAUAAUAAUAAAAAAAAAUAUAUACAUUUUGAUUGUAGUUUUUGAGAAAUACAAAAAUGCUUUGAAAUAUAGCAAUAGAGAAGAUUACCACUCAGCAUGUGGCAUCGAGUAUUACUAAUGCCUUAUGAAAAGGAUAUAAAUAAAAAAAUUUAAAAAAGGAUAUAAGCAAUACAAUCAGAAGUAUAGGUAGGUACAAUGGUUCAUAUUAAAGCACUGCAAAACAAGUUAGUGGUAUAUAAAUACUACUACUAUCUAAUUUCUGUAUAAAUCAGAAAUAGGGAGAAAAAACACUUUUUAAAAGGAGUAUCUCACUGAAAUUUUAACAAGGUAGAGCAGAACUUUUCAAGCCCUGCACAUUAACCAGUUAUCUGCUGCAAACCUGGCAGGUACACAACAUAUUUACCAUGGGUGAAUGUCUACUUGCCAGGGCUACAUUUCAAUUCACCAGUGGCUAGGGAAAAUUUUGAGCCCUGCUGUGGGCUAAGUUUGCUCAGUAAAGGGAAUAAUGUGUCAAUGGUCUAUGUAGCUUUUAUUUGUUCCAUUUAGAGCAGGGGUUCCCAACCCAGUCUUCAAGUACCCCCUACCAGGCUAGAAUUUAGAGAUUACUCUGUUGUGUCUAUAGUGUGUUUUCUUUUUUUUUUUUCUUCUAAAAAUACCUUAGACAAAACUUGGUAUUCCCUACAUCCUGGCCAGGUAGGGGGUACUUAAGGACUGGGUUGGGAACCACUGGUUUAGAGGGAAAGAUUUGGCCGCAACUAGUAAACAAUUAGUUGAUUUUUUUUUUUUUUUUUUAUAAAUAUAUGUUUUUUUUUUUUGUUUUUUUUUACAGGAUAGAAAAAAAUAUAUAAAACAGUCUGGUCAGAAGGGAAUAGUAAUAUUGAACAUUUUUUUUUAAUUCUGGAAUGUACUUGUGACCGAAAUGUUCCAAGUUUGGGAUAAUGUCACAAUUUAUUUAAUAUCUCUGAGCCGAAUGACAUUGCCAGCAAAUAUAAUUAACAUGUUAGGAAACAUAUUUUAAAUGAUCUGUUACUGUCAUGAUCUUGAGCAGGUCAGAUAGGAGACUUUGGCCAGGGUUGUUAUUUGAGACUUUAUUGGUGCUUUUAGACAUAUUAUGAAACUUGAGAAAAAAACAGAAUUAAGGCAUUAUGCCACAAAACAGGAUUUGCAAAUAAUAAAGUCUGUGAUCUCCAGGUAGGGUUGAAACAAAGGCAGGAUGGUUACAGUGGAAGGCUGGUAACAGAGGUCAAAAUCAUACAUAAGAGUGGAGCAGGUUAGAAGGAAAGUCUGGAGCAGGUUGGUAUGGAGCAGGGUUGAGGGUAAGUCUGGAGCAGGUUCACAGGAGCCAGGAAUUGAAGUCUUUCAGGCAAAUCACCAACUUCAAUGUAAAGGCCCUGUUGUGAGUAGGGUGUAGCCUUAUGAAGCCUCAUUAGUCCAGGCAGGUGAGGAGAAUAAGGUGACUGAGGAGAUUAGUGGCUAGGGAGGCCACUAGAGGCAAGAAACAAGUAUUACAUGAAAUAACAGAAGAAAAUGAAACAUGUUCCUGGUUGUCAGGAUAGGAUCCUGACAGUUAUCUUAUUACUGGAGUCAACAGAAUUUGUAAUUGUUGCUUGUUUUAUUGGGAGCUUAGGGAUUGGCAUAGCUCCUAUAAAAAUAGGCAAUUAAAUGUACCUUGGAAUGUCCCUUUAAGAAAAUAAUGCAUCCACACGCAAAAAUAAUUUAUCACUGGAUGAAAAGUACUUUUACCUAGGCAUAAAACAAAAUGAAGAUCAUUUUUCUUCUUUGUAACAAUUCUAUAUAAUUGAUGCCAUUGCUGUUUGUAACAAUUUGAUGUGCUGCUCCACUAAGGGAAUACAGCAAAUAUUCCUGAAUUUAAAAAAGGAAUUUUAUCUGAUCUCUUGCCUAGUCAAAAAUAAUGUGUAUCAAGUAAUUUUUAGCAUUUUUUUGUUGUUAUUUAUCUCAUGCAGUAUGAUGUAAAUAUGAAUUCAUGAACGUGGUGUAAAUGUGUUUGCCUUUGACAGUUUGCUAUUACAGAAGAAGUUGCAUAGGUUUGAACUGGCGUGUUUGGCCAAUUUGUGCCCAGAAACAGCAGAUGAAGCCAAGGCCCUUAUACCAAGGUACUGAGAAAGAUAGUGCUUGUUCUUUUCCUAAUAUUUGUGGGUGGGUGGGGAUUCCUUCUCUUCUUUCUGUUUGUUGACUACUAUGUAUAUUUCUUCAGUUGUUUACAGGUAAUAGUACAGAGGUUUGAAACCUUUAACUCGAGAUGUUUUUUAUAUAUAUAUAUUAUGAGAGAGCGCUCUUACAGCGUUGUCUAUUCCUUUUAAUAAGUAACUGUAUUCCUCCUCCAUUUGUACUGCAUUUUUCUUGGUUCCCUUCAACAAUUCCUUUUGUUAAAUUUUUUUUCUACUUCGCAGCUUGGAGGGUAGGUUUGAAGAGGAGGAACUGCAGCAAAUUCUUGAUGACAUUCAGACCAAGCGAAGCUUUCAGUACUAAGAUCUCAAUGUUGAACAAGCUUUUCCCAUAAAGACUUUUCUCGUACUUUUGUUUUGGAUCAUGAUGGACUGGAUUUUGUGCUCUGUUUACUACCAAUUAUUUACGUGGAUUGCUUCUAUGGCAAGGACCCAGUAUACAUGUAAUUAUCAUUUAUCAUUGUGUUUAUGUUCAUUUUGAAUUGUUAAUAAAUUUUUAUUAUUGCCAUUUUA